CGAUCACCAUGGCAGCUACCAUUGGAGUACAACUCCAUGUACAGGAUCGUCAUGUGGUGCUAGACAAUGGGUUCCUGCAAGUGACACUGUCGAAUCCUGAUGGAAUAGUGACAGGUAUUCGUUUUGGUGGCCUCGACAAUCUGCUUGAAGUCCUUAACCAGGAAUCCAAUCGAGGGUAUUGGGACCUGGUAUGGAGCUCCCCAGGGACUGCAGGAAUCUUCGACGUGAUUAAGGGUACGAGUUUCGAAGUGAUAACCGAAACAGAAGAUCAGGUGGAGGUGUCCUUCACAAGGACAUGGGAUCCUUCACUUCAAGGGAAGCAGGUUCCACUCAACAUAGACAAAAGGUUCAUUAUGCUGAGGGGCAGCUCGGGCUUCUACUCUUACGCCAUCUACAACCACCCUAAAGACUGGCCUGCUUUCAGCCUGGCAGAGACGAGAAUUGCGUUCAAGCUCAGAAAAGACAAGUUUCACUACAUGGUGGCAUCCGACAACAGGCAGAGGUAUAUGCCCCUCCCGGAUGACAGGAUCCCUCCCAGAGGGCAGCCCCUGGCUUACCCUGAAGCAGUGCAGCUGGUAAACCCUGUGGAGGCUGAGCUCAAAGGCGAGGUGGACGACAAGUACCAGUACUCGUGUGACAACAAGGAUAACAAGGUCCAUGGGUGGAUCUGCACGGACCCUCCCGUAGGGUUCUGGCAGAUCACCCCGAGCGACGAGUUUCGAUCAGGCGGCCCUGUCAAGCAGAACCUGACCUCCCAUGUGGGACCAACUACCUUGGCAAUGUUCAUAAGUGCUCAUUAUAGCGGGGAAGACCUGGUGCCUAAAAUUGGAGAUGGUGAGGAAUGGGAGAAAGUGUUUGGACCGGUUUUUAUGUACUUCAACACCACUCCUGUAGAUGCAAGUGAGGAUCCUAAAGCUUCACUCUGGGAGGAUGCCAAGGCUCAGAUGAUGGUUGAGGUCCUAAGCUGGCCAUACACAUUCCCAGCUUCAGAAGACUACCAGAAACCUGACCAGCGCGGCUAUGCAACCGGCAGGCUCCUGGUUCAGGACAGGUUUGUUUCGGAUGAUUACAUAUAUGCCAGUGGAGCCUAUGUAGGAUUGGCUCCACCAGGAGAUGUUGGAUCAUGGCAGAGAGAAUGCAAGAAGUAUCAAUUCUGGACCAAAGCGGACGAAGAUGGGUUUUUCUCCAUCAACAAUGUGCUGACAGGCGACUAUAAUCUCUACGCUUGGGUGCCAGGCUUCGUUGGAGACUAUCGCUGUGAUGCCACUGUUUCAAUAACCUCAGGUUGUUAUGUUGACAUGGGUGAUCUUGUGUUUGAGCCUCCGAGAAAUGGUCCCACCUUGUGGGAAAUAGGAGUUCCUGAUCGUUCUGCGUCGGAGUUCUACGUUCCUGAUCCUAAUCCCAAGUACAUCAACAAGCUCUUGGUCAAUCAUCCUGAAAAGUUUAGGCAGUAUGGACUGUGGGAGAGAUAUGGUGAAUUAUACCCUGAUGCCGACUUGGUUUACAACGUUGGAGCUAGUGAUUACACUAAAGAUUGGUUUUUCGCUCAAGUCACCAGGAGGAAAGACAACAGCACAUAUCAAGGAACCACAUGGCAGAUCAAGUUCAAUCUCGCAGACGUGGAUCACAACGGAAUCUACAAGUUGCGAGUCGCGAUUGCCUCUGCCACCUACUCAGAACUUCAAGUUCGGGUGAACGACCCGAAAUCGGGGCCGAUCUUUUCAAGUGGGCUGAUAGGGAAGGAUAAUUCAAUAGCAAGGCAUGGAAUUCAUGGAUUGUAUUGGCUGUUCAAUGUGGAUGUUGCCGGGGUGAAGCUUGCUGCAGGGAGUAACACUAUAUAUUUGAGUCAGCCAAGAGCUACUAGCCCUUUCCAGGGUAUUAUGUAUGACUAUAUCCGCCUGGAAUCCCCUCCUUCAGGAGCUUCUGUUUCAGGAUGAAUUUGAUAUGCCUGCCAUGAUUUGAUCCCUGGUGAUUUACCUGACCAAGUAAAAGUCUACUACCUCUAGUUUUUUCUCUCCUUUGAAACGAGAAUAAACAAAAAGAUGAACACAAUGAAGUAGUCUAUUUGUAAGAGCUUUGAAUUGUCAUAUUUUGACAAGAUCAUGUAAAUGUUUGUUAUUUACCCAUAUUAUGCAUAUAAACCCUAAC